UUCCUCUUUCUUCAAAAUCGAAACAAACUUGGAGACUGAAGCUCCGAAGGUGGCUCUUCAUGGCAGCCAGGACGCCUCUGGAAAUGCUCCAGGAUGAAUCCUGCUGCUCCAUCUGCCUGGGAAUAUUCCAAGACCCCGUAUCCAUCCACUGCGGGCACAGCUUUUGCCGGUCGUGCAUCACUGAAACCUGGGAAGGACUGACCACCAACUUCUCCUGCCCCCAGUGCAGGGAGACGGGGGACCAGAAGAGCCUCCGCCCCAACUGGGAGUUGUCCAACGUUAUUGAAGCAGCCAAGAGAUUGAACCUGCAACCAGUCAGAGAGGUGGAAGGAGAGGAGAACGUCUGUGAGGAGCACCAGGAACCCCUGAAGCUCUUCUGCCAAGAUGAUAAAAGGCUCAUCUGCCUCGUGUGUGACAAGUCCAAGAUGCACCGUGACCAUUCUGUGGUUCCCAUGGGUGAAGCUGCCCAGGAGUACAAGAAACAAACGGAGACCCAACUGCACCUUCUGAAAUCAGAGCAAGAGGCACUUCAAUCUUCCAUGAAGGACAGACAAGACAGGCUCAAGGACCACACUGAGAGGACAAAAGCUGAAAAGCAGGAGAUUGUGAGGACAUACAGGAAGAUGCACGAGUUUCUGGAGAAGCAGGAGUCUUCUCUUCUGGCCCAGCUGGAGCAGCUGGACACAGAGAUAACAAAAGCCCAUGAAGAAAUCCUCCAGAGGCUUUUGGAGGAGACAACGAGGCUGGGCACACUGAUUGGGGAGAUGGAGAGGACGUACCAGCAGCCAGACUGGCAGCUCCUGAAGGACAUUGGAACCACCUUGAGCAGGGGCCAGAGGGAAACGCUCUCCCACUCACUCCAGAUUUCCCCGGAGCUGGAAAACAAAUUCUCUGGUUUCACCGAGAAGAACCCAAAUAUCAAGGAAAUUCUGGAGAAAUUCCAAGAUUUCCUGGAGUUUGAGAGUCAUGUGACAAGUGAACCAAACGUGUGCCCAACUAAGCCAUCAUAUGAAAUGGCUCUGUUGCCCCCAAAGAUUGAUCUGAAGUCCUCAGCUGCCUCCUUUCCCUCUUCUAACAUCUUGGUCCCACCACCAGAGGAUGCCUGGAGGGGUCCCAAUCAGAUGACGCUGGACCCAGAGACGGCCAACGCCAGUCUAUAUCUUUCAGAAGACUGCAAGCUCGUGCGGUGGGAGCGUUAUAAGCAGGAUCUGCCCUCCAACCCGGGGAGGUUCAAAUUUCAUCCCUGUGUUCUGGGCUCAAGGGGCUUCACAUCGGGGUGGCACCGAUGGGACGUGGAGGUCCACAGAGAAGGCUCGUGGGCCCUCGGGGUGGUCAAGGAGUCAAUUCCAAGAGGCCAUGGUUUGUGCCUGAAGCCUGAUGAAGGGGUAUGGGCUCUGCGUCAUACCCAUGAUGGGUACGAGGCUCUGACCUCUCCUUAUGCCACCCCCUUGACACUACGCAGAGUCCCCAAGAGGAUACGAAUCUGCUUGGACUAUGAGAAAGGGAGGGUGGUGUUUUUUGAUGCCGAGAGCAAAGAACAGAUCUUUGCUUUUAAUCGGGCAUCUUUCCAAGGGGAGAGAGUCUUCCCAUGGUUUGUGGUGAUUGGGGGUGCUCAACUCAAACUUCUUCCCUAAGGCACAGGACAAAAAAAAUCCCAACCCCCAAAGCCCUCGAAUUACCCUUAGGAAAGAAACCAGGGGCUGGGUUUUGUCCCAAUCCCACCAAAGGGACAGGAAAGGGGAGCGGUGUUCAGGUUAUUUUCCUUCUGUGCAAACUGGGAGCAUUUCUGUGCCUUCAAUUCGAUUUUGAUCUUUCAAUCGCUGUUUAAUCACUACAUGGCUGUUACAGGGUGGCUGCAAACUUGCCCUGAUGAGGAGAUAAAAGUUCAAUUCUAAACCGUU